AUUUCAUUUUAACUGGUUCUCCUCCAGGGCUAGUUCCCCUGGCCUGUUGGGAAAAAAUGAAUUCGAGGACAAGACUAUUUGGCCUUCUGAAAAACCAGUUAAGUCAAACAACAUCAAGAAAUAUUGCAUCAAAAGUAAGAAGACCAGAUGGAGUGCUUCGUCCACGACAAAGAGCAGAUAAACCAGUUGAUUUUGAAAGACAACUCCAAAAGAGAGACUUGAUUUGGCUUGGAGUAUGGACAGGCUGUUUUCUUGAGAGUGCAUACUUGGCAAGAAGAAUUUAUCGAAGAUUAACAAGUCCUGAUAAAUAUAUUAGAAUGAAAAACUCUUCAGUAAUGUUCAACUGGUGGCAUGCUUUUGGAUGAGGUAGCAGACUUAUGAAAAUUUUUAUGUAUAGAUUACUUAAUAAAUAUUUGUAUGGUU